AUGCUUUGGCCGCAGUAUGAAAGAACCGCCCCUUAUUCAAUUUACCCAGUUGAUUACAAACGCACUGGUUUAUACUGGGUAGAGGACUUCCGUAAGUUAGAACCACUUGACCCGUGCCGGCCCACAGGACUCAUUGUAGUAGCUAGAGAUAACGUUGCAAGACAGGUUCCUGACUAUAUGCUGCGACGGGAUGCUAAUUUAUGGAUACUAGACGAUCGGACGUGGACGGAGUACAAGUACUUGACUAAUGCGGAACAAAGGCUGUAUGUGAAUGAGUCAGAUGGAAUUACAGCAGCUGGCCGUCUCCUUGAAGACGGAUGCUAUCAUAAAGGCCUGUCCUCGGCGCCUUUUAACUCCAUAGAUCAUGAGCCGGGUCAUUUGUACCUAAGGUGUAACAAUGAGCAGACUUAUGAUAUAACCGAGACAAGGGACAGUAACAAGUGCUAUUCGGGCUGGUCGUCAAGAAAUGGACUACCCCAUUUCCGGAACACUAUAUCAUCCACUGGUUCUUCUUCCACUUUGGCCACAUCACCCCCAACACCCUCAACCCAACAGUUGCUUAGUGAUUCCACUCUGCAAAUUAACAUCACCCCAACGACUGUCCAGACCUCGUCGACUACUGAGAACAUAGCUACAACGACCAGCAAUACUGUCAACAGAGGCUUGCCUGCUACUGAACCGCCCACCAACCUUAUCAAGGAGGCAACUGAAGAAUUAUCUGCUACUGAGCAUUUAUCUACUGUGGUGUCCGUGCCAUCCCCCACACAUCUUUAA